ACCAAAGAAGAAGAACCAAAAAAACGGCACAAAACAGACCCCGAAGAAGAAGCUGUGGGGGUCAGAGGUCAAGCUGCACUUUGUCCCGUGAAUUUUUUAGGAAGAACAUCUCAUAAAGAAAAUUCACAUGUUUUCUCUGGUGACCGGUGAAGAAAACAAUAGUUGAGAUGAACGGAGGGGGAAAUCUUUGUUUAAUGACACCCACGAGGGAGUAAGGCAGUUUCAGAUUCCUUUUCUAAGGAGCCGUUUGAUCAGUGAACAUGCAUCAAUGUCAUACAACGUGCACACCGCAUCUCUGCUUGAAAACAAUUGUACAUACAGAUUCUUUUCACAUAAUUUAAGACUACUCACUGUGUAGCCUUUUUGUUAUCCAUUGUUUAAUAAGGUUGACUGAUCUCUUGAGAUCAUAAUAGCACAAGUAUUGAUUCCUGCAACCAACUUCCAUUCUUAUAUAUACUGUAUUAGGGAUUUCUUCAAGCAGGCAGGUCCUCUGCAUAUUGGGUUUAAGCAAUCUUCAUAGAUAAGAUUAGGCAAAGGGUAGAGCAUAAGGGAUUAGAAAGGGAGAUUGGUUACAGCACUCAGUGUUUAAUUCUGGUUUUUCUAGGAAAUCAGUGAGGUCUGAAGGACUUAUGUACUGUUAACUAUGGGGGAAAAGAUCAGCCUGGUUUUCUUGUUAUUGGUGGGAGUGUGCAUUUGUAAAGGAUCAGCUCAAUCAGCAUUGCUUCGGACAAAUUUUUAUGCCAAAUCAUGUCCUAAUGUUGAGAGCAUUGUAGGAAAUGUUGUUAGUCAGAAAUUCAACCAGACAUUUGUGACUGUUCCAGGCACACUGAGGCUUUUCUUUCAUGAUUGCUUCGUUGAGGGAUGUGACGCUUCUGUGAUCAUCCAAUCUACUGGAAACAAUCAGGCAGAGAAGGACUUUCAAGACAACUUGUCCCUGGCUGGGGAUGGGUUUGAUACUGUAAUCAAAGCAAAGCAAGCUGUAGAGAACGUGUGUCCCAAUAAAGUGUCUUGUGCUGAUAUCCUAGCCAUUGCUACCAGGGAUGUUAUAAAGCUGGCUGGAGGCCCAACUUAUACCGUGGAGCUGGGGAGAAGAGAUGGACUCAUAUCUCAAGCAUCCAGAGUCAAUGGAAACCUGCCUAAGGCUUCAUUCAAUCUGGAUCAGUUAGUCAAUCUUUUCAGAAACAAGGGCUUAUCUCAAACAGACAUGAUUGCUCUAUCUGGGGCUCACACACUGGGGUUUUCUCAUUGCAACCAAUUUUCAAACAGAAUUUACAGCAAUCCAAUUGACGGGAGUCUGAACAGCAACUAUGCAAGCCAACUGCAGGGCAUGUGUCCGAGGAAUGUGGAUCCCUCCAUUGCCAUUAACAUGGAUCCCACAACACCUCGUAUAUUUGACAAUGUUUACUACCAAAAUCUUAUGAAUGGAAAAGGCCUUUUCAAUUCUGAUCAGGUGUUAUUCACAGACAACCGCUCAAGAACCACAGUCCAAACCUAUGCAACGGAUUCCAACACAUUUAAUGCAAACUUCAUACAAGCAAUCACAAAGCUGGGUCGGAUUGGUGUGAAGGUGGGCAAUCAAGGAGAAAUCAGAAAAGAUUGCAGCCGCUUCAAUUAAUAAGUGUUGCAGUAGGCUACCCAAGUUCCUACUAAAGAGAGCCAGAGUAGUUUUGUUUUGGCUCCUGUAAUUUUUAUUUUUAUUUAAUAUUAAUUGACUCGUUUGACCCAAUGACCAAUUGCAUAUUAGUCAGCCAUUCUUGGUUUUUACUCAAUUAGUAUAAUUAUGCAACACAGUAAAUCCCUUGGGCACUUUGGGCACUCAAAGGCUUUUGUCAGCCCUUUUCAUAAGGCUUAGCUGCGAUUGACUAACCUGUGUCGCUAACACGCUGUACGAAAGGUCUGUUUUGGAGCAGAGGGCUUGCUUACAUUAAGCUCUAGAAAUGUAUUAUAUUUGAUU